AUGCAUGUGAAGUCAACAUACAUGCGGCAGCCUUUGGAACGCCAACACAUGUCGCUGAUGAGGUUGCUGGGUACGUGUGCGAGGAGACCACCCUCUCAGCGUUGGUUUACGCUUAUUCUGCUUCUGCUGCUGCUCUUGUUGUUGUUGUUUUCGUUCCUUUUGAUACCGACACCCUUUCAUGUCCCAGGCGGCGAUGACUAUUAUGCCACCGCCGCUGCCGCCACCACUCUCCGUGGCAUCACUGUCUAUUUUGAUGUGAAUGCCAGCGAUGGUGGCGUACAACCGACGGCCCACACGAGGUACUCGCGGACCUUUAUUUUACCGUACGGCGGUACGGAGGAGGGGGGAGAAGAAGUAGGGGGCUCAGGUGAUGCUGGCAAUGACAUUGAUAUGAAAGUGCAGGACGACAUGGGGAUGCGGCUACAAGCUGCUGGCUAUCGCCUUUACGGGAAUGUGUGCCUUGUGAGGAAUGGGACGAGGCUGCGACUCCAUCGCCGUUUGGAGGAAAAAAUGCUGCAAAGAGACGUUGCUUUUAUCGUACACGGUGAUCAGUGUGACACUGGUGGGUUGAGUCGAGAGAUGACAUCUCUCUUUGCAUGGUUGCAGCAGUGGAAGUUGCUGUUGGAGGGACGCAACGAGUCGCGUCUCCCUCUCUGCACAAUGGGGAAAGAAGGGGAUAGAGUUUCGUGCACGAUCACCAUUCUUAUUGCUGUGGCCAGUGAUGGAAGUGGCCGCUGUAUGCGUAAGGAUAAGUUGAAUUUUUACCACUUUCAUCUGCUCCAUUGGAUUCGUGUGGUGACGGGUCGUUUUCACCUGUCGCCGUGGUGGAGCAAUGAUGGCAGUGCUGCGGAUAACAUGGCUAAUGCUCGUUACGUGGUGGUUAAACUGUCAGCUGGUAGGACGCAGACUUCAGCGUCGCUGAAGUUGUCAUCGUCGCGUACUUUGGGAUGUUAUUCAUAUGCCGCGCGAACGGAGAAGGGAUCGUUACGUUGGUUUCCCUCCACAUCGUUGGCGCACCGUUUUCGUCAGCGAUGGUUGCAAUACUUGCACCAUCAAUACAGUCAAAAGGAACCUUUGAGGUCAGACCCAGUUCAGGCUUUCGCUGCCAUGUGGGGCACGCAGCCACUUUCCCCAGUGCUGCGCCGUAUGAUUCUUGGCGCCGUUGUGAAUACUACGGCGCCGACGACUUGUUCUAGUGGGAAGGAAGUUCAUAGCGUUAGAAAUGAGAGUGAAGCAGCUUCCAUGCCGUCUGCUCGUCGCCACAGCAAACGUUUAGCAGGGGCUAUCAAGCCUCGAACACUAACAGAGGUGGCUUCCUUGCGUGACGCAGGUCCGCUGAGGCUUACAGUCUUGCUGCCUCACGCAACGGAGCAGUACGACGUGAAGAAGCUGGUUUUGUACCUGCACGAGAAGUUUGGGCGGGUGAGUCGCAUUCAGCUUCUUUAUAUUUUUGGCGAGGGACCAGCAUGUGCUGACGUGGAACAGGUGGUGGUAUCUUGUGUGCAUGACGACUAUCUUGAGGUGCUGCGGGUGCUGGCGUCGACGGAUCUUUUGAUUACUCCACAUGGUGCGGCGCUGGCCUCGAUGGUGGCAAUGCAGCCGGGGAGUGUUGUGAUUGAGCUUUUUCCGCGUUACUGUCGUUCCUUUUUGUACCUGGAGUUGGCUGUGGCGAUGCAUGUCGUGUACGUUAGCCACGAGGGCAAGGACCAGGGGGCUGCCAAGGCGCACACUCUGCCUGGCACGGGCGAUGCUGAGGGGUCGAUGCCGUGGGACGCGGGGGGAAACGCGUCCACGUCUGCGGCUGUGGGUGGUAUGCCCCAGCGUCCACUGCAGCAUCCUCAUCCCGGGGCAGCGUGUCGUGAUCGGCGUACUACAGACAUCUCCGCCGUUCGGCUUUAUCACUUGGUGAAGAACGGCCUCUCGUCGGUGUGGUUGCGCAACGGUCGCUUCUCUGGCGUCAUGGUCUUUGACCGCCGUUGA